AUGUCUUCUGAACCAGAUCAUAAUUCAUAUGUAGAAUCACCUAUAGAUGCAAAAUCACCCACUUUUCCAACUAAUAAAAAUAUACCUUUUUUAAAUAAACGAGAUAGUUACCUUUUAGAUGACUCACUAUCGGAUAAAUGUUCGAGGAAUCUCUCAAUUAUAACAAAUUCUUUCUCUGUUGCUAAACAAGUGUUCAAAGAUUUGAAACAUGAAGAUUUGUCUGAAAAGGGAUUGAAUGUAAUUAAAGAAGGUGAAGAAUUGUUGGAUGAAAUCAAAAAAUUGUUGUUCAAAGGCUCGGAUGAGGAUAAAGUAAAUCCUAGAUUUCAAAGAUUCGUCGAAGAGUCCGAGGAUUUUGAAAAUUUUGAAAAUUGUCUUUGGACGAUUGGAGUUUUUAUUAGUGAUACCGAGAUUGAGGUUCAUGAAAGAAUUGGCCGUCAAAUAGAUGAAACAAUUAAAGCAAUUGAUAAAUUGAAAUUAGCAAUCAACAAUUGGGGAUCUACCCAGAAAGGUUGGAAACUAAUUAGAAGUAGAACUUUGUCCCUUGUCAGAUUUCUUUCAAUUCCUAAGAAACGAUUUGAAAGUAAAAAUAAGAUUACAGAAAACGAUCUUUCGGAGGUUAAAUCUGUUAGAGGAAGUAAAGAUCAUAUAUUUGAACGAAUUUAUAAAAAGUCUAUUAGAGUUGCUGAAAAGAAUGUUGGUCAAGAUAACGAUGAUCGUUUGGAAGAAUUAAAAAAAGAAAUUAAAUUUAUGAAAGAUCUUCGUGAAUGUCCAAAUAUUCUUGAGUUAUGGGUAGAUUAUAACUUGCAAACUUACCUUACUGAACAUCGCGCAGAUUCUAAUUUAUCUCCAGCUGACAAACUCUUAAUUGCUCGUGGAAUUGCUAAUGCACUGAAUUAUUGUCACGAGAGGGAUAUUUUACAUCGUGAUAUCAGAACGUGGAGUUCACCAGAGAGAAUUCGCGGUGAAAACUACGCUAAAGCGAGCGAAGUAUACAGUUUCGCUUUAGUCAUGUGGGCGAUUGAAUAUCAACAAUUACCCUUUAAUACCUUAAUGGAGGAAGAAAUCAAACUUCAAAUACUUGAUGAAAAACGUCCUGAACUUACAUCAAAGGAUAGCGAAUAUCAAAAAAUUAUUGAAAAAUCAUGGUCUCAAGAUCCUUCUCAACGUCAUGAUAUUAGAUCAAUCCUUGAUCGUCUGAAUAAACUAGUAAAUUCUUCUGGUCAGGAUACCGAUGACGAUUCUGAUAAAAUUGCAAAUCUAGAUCUAGCAAUAUUAAGACGUCCGUCCAAUCGACGUAUAAUAACUUCUUCAACUUCUUCAACCAUUCCAAUUACUCCAACCUCCCCAGCCACUCCAUCCUAUGAUUAUAUAGAAAAAGGUAUUGAACUUCAUAAUAACAAGAAAUACAAUGAUGCGUGGGAUAUAUUUCAAAAGUGUUAUAAUCUCAGACAAGAUGAUCCAAAUACAAAUUUAUGGAUGGGUGUUUAUUUACUUAAAGGAUAUGGAGAUGUUAAACCAGAAGUUCAAAGAGGCUUGAAAUACCUUAAAAAAGCAGCAGAACUACAACAUCCGGAAGCACAAUAUCAGUACGCGUUAGCUUUGCUGAAUAAACCUGUUGUAUUUGAGGAAGGAGAUAGAUACGUGACCGCGAUGAGAUAUUUAGAAAAAGCGGCAAAGCAGGAUCAUUAUUCUGCAUUGGAACAAUGGGGAAAGAUUGUGUUAAGGGGAAAAUAUUAUCAAAAACCGGAUCCUAUCCUUGGAAAACAUUUGAUUGAGAAAGCCAAUAAGAUUAAAGUUGAAACUAGAAGAAAUACACGUAUUAUUGCUACUUAG